CUCUCGCCCGGCUGCGGGGCUCCUGUAGCCGCUAUAAGAGCGCUCCCUGACGCGAUCCCCGGCACACCGGACCAUCCACCCUGCGGGGAAGCGUCCAAACACACUGCGGUCCAGUCCUGGGACUUGUAGCGGCUUUGCACGUGGCGCUCUGGUCUGCAUGCAGCUGUUUUCUUACUUGAACAUAAGGGAUCGGUCCCCCCCCUCUCCCCUCUCCCCUUCGGGAAUCACUCGCCUCCACAUGAUGGCUUUCACUAUGCGGAGGCCGGUCUCCGCGCAUUCCUUCUCCUACCCCGCUGACCUGACCUUGAUGUCGGACGACGAGGAGGAGAACCGCAGCGAGAGCGACGGCAGCACCGACCAGGGCUACGGCUGCUGCGGGAUUCCGGGGGACGGCUACGGGCGGGAGUCGGACGGCGUGGUGCCGCAUCGGAACGCCGCGAACGCCAGGGAGAGGCACCGGACGCAGAACGUGAACACGGCCUUCACGGCGCUGCGCACACUCAUCCCCACGGAGCCGGUGGACAGGAAGCUCUCCAAGAUCGAGACGCUGCGCCUCGCGUCCAGCUACAUCGCGCACCUGGCCAACGUGCUGGUGGUCGGGGACGGGAGGGAGGACGGGCAGCCGUGCCUCAGCGCGGUCUACAAGGAGCUGAAGGCGGCCGGAGGAGGCAAAAAGCCCCGCAACAUCUGCACGUUCUGCCUGAGCAACCAGCGCAGAGGGGUAAAAGACAGACGAGACUGUGUGAAAGUGCAUGGAGGCGGCGGGAGACAAAUCAGUCGGCGAUGAAGUCGAGGAUCGUAUGGACUAGUCGGAGAUGACUUCAGGGAAACCUCCCCUGACCGCUCCUGGGGUGUGGAAGCAGUCUUUUGAGGACGACUCUGACUUUGGGCUUUGGCUCCAUGGUCACUUUGGCCUGAAUGAGAUUAGAGGAUUGGUACCAGAAGCAUCACCAGCAGAUACGCUCCCAUGUGCCAGCACUAAUGUCAGAGGGCAGAGGGCAGGGGAUGAGACUAUGUGUUCUGUACAUUUCAAUAGAAAACACAUUGAGGUGAUUGGUUAAGUAGACAUGCAGUGGAUUUCUACACCAUUUACUCUCUUUCAGUUUAAAACGUUGCAGACCACAGAAUAUACAACAUCAAUCGCUCUGGAUAACCACAAGGUUUAUUACUCCGCAGCAGCAAGAAAAUAAUACUGCAGAUCAAUAUUUAAAGGCAGGGUUAUAAUCCAAAUGUAAAUAAAAAGAUAUAUUUGCCAAUCUAAAUCAAAUUAUUUAACACAGCUAUCCUUUUUAAAUGAGAAAUUUUACAAUAGAUUAACUAAUGAUAAACUAAAACCUAUGUACCAAAUAAAAGGACCUGCUAAAUACCACUCUUAGAGACAUGUACACAAAGAUACCCACAGAAAACUACAAAAAGUCCAAAACAACAGCAAAAAAGUGUUCUGCUCCUACGUGGCCGGUUGCAUCCCUGUGCCAAGGACACAUUGUCCCAUAAUGCAGCCAUGCUGCUUAUAGAAAGUGUCUUCUUUAUUCUGUAGGUUCUUUGCAUGACUACUAGACAUACGGAUGAGUCAGAGACACGGACGGCCUCUGUGCCUGUCUUCUGAUAUGGGCGACUGAUGGGUAAAAGAUACUGAUGACAUCAACUCCCACGAGUUGCAACGUUCUGUGAGACAACGCAAAGGAUUGUGGGGGCUCGGCCACUGACAGACUUUCAGAGGGCAGACCGCUCUCUCCACCAAAGAGCGUGGUGACUACUCUGUUUGCUUUUUUUUGACAUGUUGUGAUUACCUUUGAAAUUAAAUUUAUUUUUACAUUAA